CAGUCAAGAUUUCAAAACAAAGAAAGAAUGAGCAAAUGAUGCCUUAUUUAUUACAAACUAACUCAAAAGAAGAGGAGAAAAGAAAACAUGCUGCCACUAAAGCUGGUACGGGAAGCCAUUACCCAACACCCUCUCCUUCUCUCUCAGAAAACUAACCAUCAUCACCGUCAUACUAAAUUCAACCUUGAAGGAGAUGUUGAUGAUAUCUCCAACUCCAAACCCAGCUUUUACAAUUUUUGUGAUUAUUCCUUAAAACCAACAAAACCCAAAUCCAAUACCAAAACCCCAUUGCUUCUCUUUCUCCCUACCAAAGAACUAAUCAGCGACACAUACAGGUUAGCCGCCAUAGCAAGAGAAAUGGGCUUGGAUUUUUACCCUUCUCCUUCCCUUUCUCACAUCAUUUUCUCUUUCUCCUCUUCUUCUUCCUCUUCCUCUUCGCCUUCUUCUUCCUCUUCUGCCGCUGCUUCUUCUUCUGCUUCUUCCUCUGCCUUGUCUCUCUCUUCUUCUUUUUCCAUGCCUUUACCCAACGAUGCAGUUUUGAUUUCCUUCCCUUCACUCUCUUCCUCCUCCCUUUCCCAUCUUCGUUCCUUUGUUUCCCUCUCUAAAGACCUUUUCAAGCUGGUUUUUAUCACUGUCGGCUCUGAUUAUGAUGCAAAAUUUGACGAUUCCCGUAACUGGGAUUGCUGCUCCAUUUCUCUGUUUUCGAGGCUGACAGGAGAUAGAAUCGAGUCGAUGCAAGCAUUUUCAAGGGCUUUGGCUGGAAUGGGAUGGACCGUCUUCAAUACAAGGAAAAACCCAUCUCUAAGUUCUGCUAAUAACACUACCAAAUCGGUUUACUUGUUCAGAAAAGUGGAUUCGUGUCAGGUUCGGGGAGGGAGAGGGAAUGGUGAGAGCAGGGUAAGAGAGCUGAGGUUACCUUCAUUGGAUUUCAGGAAUGCUCCUUUGAAGAUUUUGCAGUAUGUUGUUUUGAUGACUGAUGACGUUUUUUAUCUUGGGUAA